CCUUCCAGAAAUGAGACUAAUUCUCUUAACAGCCCUUGUGCUGUGUCUAAGUAUUUCGGUACGGUGUGAUGAUGACAGCGAGGAGGCAACAGUUACGGAAGAACUCGACGAAAGUACACCAGAAAAUCCAGAAGAAAUAGUUUAUGCCAGCCCAACACCUAAGGGCCAUAUUUAUUUUGCUGAGCACUUUGAUGUUCCAGAAGAAUUUGAAGCCAAAUGGGUCCGGUCUCAGGCAAAGAAAGAAGGAAUAGAUGAGGACAUUGCCAAAUAUGAUGGAAAGUGGGCUAUUGAAGGAUUGUUAAAAGAUGGAUUAAAAGGAGACAUGGGUUUGGUGUUAAAAUCCAAAGCCAAACAUGCUGCCAUUUCAGCCUCUUUAGACCGACCAUUCCUUUUCACGAACAAACCUUUGAUUGUGCAGUAUGAUGUUACAUUCCAGAAUGGGCAAGACUGUGGUGGAGCUUACAUUAAGCUUCUGACCCAACAAACAGGGAUGAGGUUGUCUCAGUUUACUGACAAGACUCCCUACACCAUCAUGUUUGGUCCUGACAAGUGUGGAAAUGAUCACAAGUUACAUUUCAUUUUCCAGCAUAAAAACCCUAAGGAUGGUUCCUACUCUGAAAAACAUGCAAAGAAGCCCAGCACUAGACUAGAUGAAUAUUUCAAGGAUGGAAAGCCGCAUCUUUACACUCUAAUGAUUCAUCCGGACAACACCUUCGAUGUUUCCGUGGAUUACAAAAUUGUCAACAAAGGAACACUGUUGGAAGACUUUUCUCCACCUGUAAAUCCUCCUUCUGAAAUCGACGACCCUGAUGACCGCAAGCCGGAAGACUGGGACGAACGUGAGAAGAUUGCUGAUCCCGAUGCCAAAAAACCUGAAGACUGGGAUGAAGAUGAACCGGAACAAAUUGCCGACGCGGAUGCUGUCAAACCAGACGGAUGGCUGGAUGAUGAACCUGAAAUGAUUCCUGACCCUAGUGCCGAGAAACCAGAAGACUGGGACGAGGAUAUGGAUGGCACUUGGGAAGCGCCACUGAUCAACAAUCCCGCAUGCGAGUCAGCCCCCGGAUGUGGUCAAUGGAAGGCUCCGAUGAAGGCUAACCCAAAAUUCAAAGGCAAAUGGCGCGCUCCAAUGAUUGACAACCCAAAUUACAGAGGCAAAUGGAGACCUCGUCGUAUUCCUAAUCCCGACUUUUUUGAAGAUAAACACCCGUUCAACAUGGCUCCAAUUGGUGCUAUUGGGCUUGAGUUGUGGUCCAUGUCGGAUAACAUCCUGUUUGACAAUAUCAUCAUUACUGACGACAAAAUGGUGUCGGAGCAAUGGGCAGCCGAAACAUUUGAUUUGAAAAGGAAUCUCGUCGAUAGAGACCAGGCAUUUGGUGAGCGCGUUCGACGAUGGAUGAAUCGAAAAGAGAACGCAUUCAUGGUCUAUGCCAUGUAUCUCUCGUUGCCAGUUACACUCUACAUUUGGUUUCUGAGACGCAGAGUCGUUGAGGAAAAACAAGAUGCCGCACGCGCAGCUCUGGCAAAAAAGACAGAUGACGCAGUUGAAGACGAUGAGGGAGCAGAAGAAGCAAUGCAGAAUGGGGAAGAGUCUGAGGCUGUGCCACAGUUGGAAGGAGAUGACGAAGAGGCCAAAGACGAUGACGAUGCCAAAGAAGAUGAUGAAGUCGAAGAAGAUGCUGAAGAGCUGGAAGAUGCACCUGUAUGAAAAGAACCUGUGGUGGAAACGGGAACCCGUCGACGAGUUCGAAAAGAUUGAGUGGUCCUAGCUGACUAAAUUUGUGUGCGGUCCUUUAAUGAAAUGGGUAAACGAACAUCAAUGAUUUGGUAUGCAAAAAGAAAGGAAAGAGGUUGUCUUCAUAGCACUUUUUAGUGUGCUAUUCUGUAGAAACGGAACGCAGUUUCGGGUAUGUCCAUUUAAUCCUAUUUCAUGUUUGAAGAGCGAAAUAUCAUCCCUCGAGAAUUCUCUAAUAGUAUGUGUUGGGAGUUCAUCUUUUGCAAAAAUUGGCACAGAACGUUAAAAAAAUAGAACAGUGUCAAGGAAUUAAUAAAGAGGAAUGUAGCUAGAUCCGCAACAUUCCUUUCGAUUAUGUCCGGCGUUGGAUUUUUUAAUUUUUUAUUUAAAUCCUCUUUGCUGUUUUGUCUUUGAUGCGCGUGCCUUUGGAUACCCAUGAAGUUUGUAAUCCAAAUCUGGAUGGAUCCCUAGUCACCUAAUUGGCCGGUUUAUUUUCUUUAUUUUUUUAAAGAUUAUUAUUAUUUUUCCCCUUGGUCUUUCCAAUAAAAAAAUUUCGAAGAGUGUGAAAGGUAAGACAUCCGUUCUUCCAUUUACGACACCUUACCCAGAGGAAUGCGGGAUCGUUGUGUUAAUGUGAUCGACGUUUAUCUUUCGUGCAUUAUUCACCUCGAUCUUAGGUUUCAUUUUGGUUUAACAAACUUCCUUGUACGCGCGUCUCUAGCUCUAUUCUCUAACGUAGCGUAUCCUCUCACGUGAAAUUAAUUUUGUUUAUUCUUUGUCUUUUGAACUGAUCUUUGAAUAAAUUAGCCGUAAGCCAUA